AUGGUCGGCGGUUGGAUUUAUAAUGGAACUACUCAAGGCGAUCCAAAACAACCAGAGGGCGCUUGGCCCGUAUGCAGCGAUACAUUCGCAGACAGGAGGAACAAAUGUGUCGUGUACUCUUUCGGAAUCAACGACGACUUCUCUUUUGACGAUGAGGUUGCUGAGACAUAUGGCUGCCAAGUGCAUGCAUUUGAUCCUACCAUGAAGGUCGAAACUUAUCAGAGAUCCAAGAAGGUCAUGUUUUGGAAUGUUGGUGUUGCUAAUCGCACGCUCCCCAAAAGUAAGGAGGGAUGGAACGUCUCCACUGUGAAAGAUUUGAUGACCAGUUUCGGACACAAAAAGAUUGACUUGAUAAAAAUGGAUAUUGAAGGCAAUGAAUGGCCAGUGCUACAAGAUUGGAUUGAAAAAACUCCAGAGGUGCUCUGGGCCACAGAUCAACUGGACCUAGAGAUUCAUUUAGAGUUGGAUGACAUGAUUGCGCAGGCGGAUUUGAUUAGACGGCUACUAGAGGACUUCGACUACCAGAUAUGGGGCUGGCAUGUCAACCCUAAAAAUCCUCCCUUGGAGCUCGAGUCUAUGGGUCCCAUGAUGCUGUCGCAGCUACUGGAGAUCGCAAUGAUACGAGCUCUAGAGACCCCACCAUUCUUAACGUUUGCUGACGACGACCUGCACAAUCGCUACGUACGGGCAUCCUUAGAGUACAACUACCCAAUCGGUCACUACGUAAAGUGUCAGGCCCUCUUAUACGAUAUCUUCUUCCGUGGUCAUGAUUCUACAAUAGUAAUGGUCGGCCCUGGAUUCGUAUCGAAUCUACGCAGAAACACUACAUUUCUUGUAGAUGGUGAACCAGCCAAAUUCGAGUUAAAAAGUAACGCCUUCCAUCACUAUAAUGCAAAUUUAAUAGUGUCAGGACUCCCUGCAAAGGGAUUCGUACGAGUGGAAGCACCAGACAUUGGCUUCAAAGCUACUCGGACGAAAACUAGACCUCGUAUUAGACGUGAAGGUCAAUGUUUAUGA